CCUCCUCACAACAUGAACUCAAGCUGGGAGAUACGUAGAACAAAAGAGUAACCAGUCAGCUGUCUGUCAGCUGGUCAACCCCUUAUUUUUGAAGGGGAAACAUAAGAUAGACAAAAAGAGAAUAUUUUACAAAAAUGCUGAAACGAGGAGGGGACAUGCAGCGAGAUCUAUGGACUUCCCUCUUGCUAGUGUGGAUUACUUGUGUGCCGUACUCUUCCAUGACUCCAUUAAACAAUCAGUCACAAAGUUUACAAUCGGCAUCAGCCAUGAUCCUGCGAAACCAGCCAAGUGAAGGACAAAGAAUCCUGAGUCGUGCCAAGAGAGGAUGGGUUUGGAAUCAAAUGUUUGUGUUGGAGGAGUUCUCUGGACCCGAUCCAAUUCUGGUUGGCAGGCUCCAUACGGAUUUGGAUGUGGGGUCUAAGAACAUCAAGUAUGUGCUGGCAGGGGAAGGGGCGGGCACCAUCUUUGCCAUCAAUGAGAGGACGGGGGACAUUCACGCAAUGAAGAGGCUAGACCGAGAGGAGAAGGCAGAAUACACGCUCACAGCACAGGUCAUCGACAGAGACUCUAACCAACCUCUAGAACCACCCUCAGAGUUCAUCAUUAAAGUGCAAGACAUCAAUGACAACCCCCCACAGUUCAUUGAAGGGCCUUACAAAGGUUCAGUGCCCGAGAUGUCCCAAGUGGGUGCUUCAGUCACGAGAGUCACUGCAACCGAUGCAGAUGAUCCAGUGUAUGGAAACAGUGCCAAACUGGUCUACAGCAUUCUGGAAGGCCAACCUUAUUUCUCCAUUGACCAAUCCACUGCAAUCAUUAGGGUGGCCCUGGCAGGGAUGGAUCGUGAGAUGAGGGAAGAGUAUCUUGUUGUUAUUCAAGCGAAGGAUAUGGGAGGCCACAUGGGUGGAUUGUCAGGGACCACCACUGUAACAGUCACUCUUACUGAUAUCAACGAUAAUACACCAAAGUUCACAAAAGGCUCUUAUGAGUUCAACAUUCCUGAGGAUCUUGGCAUUGGGAAGCCUGGAGGAAGAGUAAAAGCGAAUGACAGAGACAUCGGUGAGAAUGCUAAGUCAACUUACAGCAUCAUAGGUGGAGACGAGAGGGAUGUCUUUGAGAUUGUCACUGAUGCUCAGACUCAGGAGGGAAUCCUCAGACUCAAGAAGCCUCUGGACUUCGAGAGUAAAAAAUUCUACAACCUAACAGUGGUGGCUACCAACAUACGUGCCGAUUCUGUUACGGGUGGGCCUUACAUGGACCAAGCAACGAUCAAAAUUGUUGUUGAGGAUGCAGACGAACCACCAGUUUUUACAAAGACCACUUAUCUCUUCGAUGUACAUGAAAAUGCUGCAAUCAACACAGUUAUUGGAGUGGUUACGGCAAGAGACCAGGAUGCCACACACAGCCAAGUCAGGUAUUUCAUUGAUAGACACACAGAUUUAGAGAGGCAGUUUAACAUUAAUAUUGAUGAUGGGAAGAUCACAUUAGCUAAAACUCUGGACAGAGAAACGGAUAUGUGGCACAAUAUCACAGUGACAGCCACUGAAAUCCGAAACCACAGCCAGAUAUCCCGAGCCGUAGUGGCAAUCAAGGUGCUGGACAUAAACGACAAUGCCCCUGUAUUUGCCACCGAGUAUGAAGCCUUCCUCUGUGAGAACGGCAAACCUGGACAGGUGAUUCAGACCAUCAGUGCUGUGGACAAAGACAGUCCUUCCCAGGGGCACACGUUCCACUACCGUUUGGAGAUGCUCAACAAUCCCAAUUUUACCAUCAAAACCAAUUUAGAUAACUCGAUCAGUGUUCUUGCCAAGCACGAUUCCUUUCGGCGACAGAAACAGGAGACGUACCUCCUGCCCAUCGUUGUGACUGAUGAUGGAGAACCUCCAAUGAGCAGUACAAACACUUUAACUGUCCGAGUAUGUGGCUGUAGCAGGGAAGGAAUUGUGCAGUCCUGUAACGUUGAGGCCUUUGUUCUACCCAUUGGUCUCAGUAUGGGAGCUCUGAUUGCUAUUCUAGCUUGUAUAAUACUACUACUGGUCAUCGUGGUCUUAUUCGUGACAUUGAGGAGACACAAAAAUGAGCCUCUCAUCAUCAAAGAUGAAGAAGAUGUGAGGGAAAAUAUAAUCCGCUACGAUGACGAGGGAGGUGGAGAGGAGGACACGGAGGCCUUUGACAUCGCCACCCUGCAGAACCCAGAUGGCAUCAACGGCUAUCUGCCCAGGAAAGACAUCAAACCUGACCUGCAGUUCAUGCCCAGACAGGGGCAGAACUCUGGUCCAAAUGGAGUAGAUGUCGAUGAAUUCAUCAAUGUAAGGCUUCACGAGGCAGACAAUGACCCCACAGCUCCACCAUACGACUCCAUCCAGAUCUACGGCUACGAGGGCAGGGGCUCAAUUGCGGGCUCACUGAGUUCCCUCGAAACAGCCUCCUCGGACACUGACCAGAACUAUGACUACCUUAGGGAGUGGGGUCCGCGCUUCAGAAGACUAGGAGAGCUCUAUUCUGUAGGUGAGAGUGACAAAGAGACUUGACCUCCCACCACCACGGACAUUUUGCUUUUGUCCACUUAACUUGUGUAUUACGCUAUGGGAUUACCAGAUGUUAGACACUGCUGGGGUUGGGGCACCUUGUUUAAAACAUGUUAGAGAGACCUAAUAGCAUUAGUCAUCUACCACAUCAGUGUGCAUUGUAAUGUCAGAACUUAACAGUGUCUAUAGUAGGAGGUCAAUGAUUCUUGUGGAGUGUGAGUUUAGAUUACCAUCAUUGAGUGACUAGCAGUAUUUUGGGUGUUUGUUGUUCACUGUGACCACCAGAGGCAUUGGUAGUCGCUUGACAAGAUUGGAUGGAAAGAAGACUUUUGGACACAUUGUAGCCCAGCAUGGCUGCUCUGGAGAAAAGAACUGCAGAGGCCUCAAAAUGACACCACUCCCCAGCAAACACAGAUCUUUUGCCGUCAUUCAGCCAAUCAGAUAAAGGAACAUUUAAAGAAGAAGGUCAACUAAAUAGCAAUAUAUGGUCUACAUUACUUAUGAAUGUAUGUGUGAUUUAACAAAUGCGAGCUCAAUGAACAUGCAUUACACUGGCUUUUGGAUCUGCCUGCUGAAGUAAUGUUGGCCCUUUGAUACUUCGUGGCCAGAUUAAUUGAGUAAACUGGAAAAGCCUCACGGCUUGCUUUAUACAACCCUUUCUAUUCACAUGCUUUAAGUGUGGUUCACACUCAGUUAGACUGUGUGAGACUGAGUUGAGGACAACAAGAGAAUUGUGGAAACAAUGAGGCCUUCGUUUUACAAAAGCAAAGUAGUAUUCAAAUGUUUUUUGGAGCAUUGAUGGUGUUUCUUCAUUAUUGUGUAUGUUUUAUAUAAAUACUGUAUAUAAAUAUUCAUCACCAGUCAUGUCUUUUUUGUGCUGCAGGUAUGAGUAUAUUUGUACUUUUUAUGUUGAUUUUUGUAUUUAUUUAUUUAUUAAUUUUAAUUGGAUUAUAAUUUGUAUUUUUUUAUUAUUAUUAUUUAACAUUUUAAUUUAAAGUCUUUCCACUUCAGCUGUGUUUCAUCACACUACAUUAUUCAUUGUGAGGCUGUUUUUAUUUUAAAAGCUGUACUGAAUUUCUGUACACAGUGAGAUACAGAGAUUUGUUAACUAUACUGAACUGUGAAACCAGUGAGAACUUGUUCUUGACCAGGAAAGUUAAGUCAAUAUUAUAUUGACACUGUGUGUGUAUAUAUUUGCAUAAUAUACAGUGAUAUCAGUGAUACUUUUAAGCACAAUAGCUGGAAGCAUUUAGUUCAUAUUUAUAUUUGACCCCUGCCAUUUUAAAAUCAAAAACUGGUCAUAUCAGAAUCUGUUGAAUAAAGAGAUACAGAAACAGACAUGCGUAAUGUGCUGCACUGUAUUAUAUAUAUAAAUGAUGUACAUAGAGUCACUACUGAUUUUCUUAGCUUUUCUUUGAAGUGAAGGUUUUGUCUAUGCACGUUAGCCAU